AGUACAGGAAGCAUGAGGGGUACAGUAUGACCUAGCUUUGCUGUAUCUCAGCGCUGAAAAGGCCAUGAAGAUGAGCUUGGUGCGCUUUGUGCUUUUCAUUCAGCUCUUAGAGGCAUAUGCAGAGGUGAUAUUUAAGAAUCUGACAGAGAACCAGUCAUUGGAGCUCUCCUGGUCCCGUCGGCAGGAACACAGCAGCCUGAAGGGCCUCUACCUGUACCACCGCAGCGCCCAGAACCAGACCACCCUGCUGUCCAUGACUGAGGGCAGCAAGCUCAAGGUCCACUGGGAGCACAAGGAGCGUCUGCAGACUUCUGGAGGACUGCACUCCCUGCGGGUCAAUGUAACCAUAUCCCACUUACAGCACAGUGACACGGGGCUCUACAUGUGGGAGCUGAGCUACAGAGGCAACAGCUCUGAGCAGAUGGUCGUUUCCUCUCAGAAGGUUUUCUUGUUAGUACAAGGGACAUCAGGGACAACAUGCCAGUGUUCUGCAAGUUACCCGUCCCUGCUCUUGGUCAUCUUUACAGGAGUUGUGCUUCUUCUGCUCACACUCAGCUGCCUGGCCAUAGAAAGAUGUAGGAAGGCGAAGCCUCACAGCACACCACAACCUCCUCCUAUCUAUGAGGAAAUGACCAGGAAGCAGCAAAGUACCGGGACCUCCCAAAAUAACCAUGAGGCCCCCUCACACCUGGAGGAAGCCAACUUCCCUGUUUAUGCUAACCCCAACAUCACACAGCAACAGGACAACUAUUACGCCUGCCCCAGACAGCUCGCCCUCAGAGCCUGACGUGACUUCUGGUAUCAGACUAAUGCUGCUGCAGAUACAUACAGAUGACAUCAGCGUUUCUGCAAAUGUCUGAUACCACAGCUACAAAUAAGUUCCAUCUCACUGGAGUGAAGAGACGCAGAGAGACAAACACCAAAUAAACAAAUGGCACAUUUUUAACAGCCAAGAAAAAAAUGCUAUUUUAUUAAUAUUUGAAAGAAGCUCCAUAGUUCAUGAAAUCAUUUGUUUCGGUGCAUGUCAUUUAACAAUCACAUUCUAUGAGGAGAAAGAGAUAUACAGAGAGAAAAAAAAAACAUUACAAGCCACUGACUUUUCAUUAAAUCUCAGUACAGACAUUUUUACUUAAUAUUUCAAAAAAAAAAAAGAA